CCACGCCCGUGCCGGCUGCUCCCGGAUUGUCGGAGCCGCGGUCACGGGCGCGCGCGCCGGAUGCUCUUCGGUUAAAAUGGCCGGAGAGGGAGCUCGCUGCUCCUCCCCCAUUGGCCGGGCCGCCCUGCAGGCAGAUUGAGCCAGGUCUUCCGACAUUUAGGCCCCGGCGCCGGCCCGGUCCUUCCCCGCCCUAACCCGCUCACCUGGCUCCCUGGCAAAGGCAUGAAGCCUGGUCCUCGCGCCGGGGCCGCCCGCAGCUGACAUCUGCUCCCGGGCCGGGCCGUGAACGAGCAGCGAGUGAGUGUGCGUGUGUGCGCGCGUGUCUCGCUGUCGCGGCCGGCGGGGGGAGGGCUCUCGCCUCUCCCUGCUCCUUCCCCCCUCUCCGCCCGGCUCCUUCCUCGGGGCCUUCUAUAUGGGCCACCUCCUCUCGAAGGUGCCGCGUAACCGUCACAGCCAGAGGGGACCCCGGUGCUGCUGCUGCUGGUGCCGCCGCCGGCGCCACCGCCACCUCCUCCGGCUGCCCCGCUUGCCCCCGGCCAAGGCUCCCCCCCUGCCCUCGCCCUCGCCCUCGCCGCCGCCCCGGAGCUGGGACUGUUUGCUCCGCGGGCCCUGCAUGCUCUGCUUCAUCGUGCACAGCCCCAGCACGCCUGCCCCUGCCGCCGCCGCCGCCGCGGGCCUAGAGGAGGAGCCGCGGCUGUCGCGGGACCGGGACCCGGCCUACGCCGCCGCCGCCGCCACUUCGCAGCACCCGGCACACCGCAGGGUGGCCGAGGAUUGCGCCGCCGCCGCCCGCCACUUUCUGCUGUCGUCGGCCGCGGCCGCCGGCUCCUCGUCGGGGGUCUCCUGCUGUAAAGAGCUAGGCCUGGCCGCCGCCGCCGCGGCCGCCGCCUGGGAGCAGCGGGAGCAGCAGCAGGGCAGAAGCCUCUUCUUCCCCGGCGUGGGGCCCAUCCGCUUCCUGGGGCCGCCGCCGCCUCCUUUCCAACUCUUCCGGGGGCAGUCGGCGGCCGAGCCCCCCACCCUGCCCGAGAUGGUGUGUAAGCGGAAGGGGGCCGGGGUCCCCGCGUGCACCCCCUGUAAACAGCCCCGCUGUGGCGGCGGGGGGUGGGGGGGGGGAGGAGGCAAAGGAGGAGGAGGAGGCGGCGCGUCGCCGCCCCGGCCCCCCGAGGCCGGUGGCUGCCAGACCCCGGAGCAGCCCCCACCGCCGCAACUCUGCCCCCUGCCCACGGCCUCGGGGUCCUCGGACUGUGCGGGCUCCGCUCUGCGGAGGGACCCCGUGGGCGACAGCCUCGGCGGCCCGGGGGCUUCCCCGGCGUCCGCCCCGCCGCGGCCGGAGGGCGGCGACCCGGACUCUCUGGACCCCCAAGACAACCCCAACGACGGCUGCAGAGAGCCACCACCCGAGACUGCCGGCAUCAAUCAGCUGCCUCCCUCCAUCCUGCUCAAGAUAUUUUCUAAUUUGUCCCUGGAUGAACGUUGCCUUUCUGCAUCAUUAGUUUGCAAAUACUGGCGUGACCUCUGUCUAGACUUCCAGUUUUGGAAGCAGUUGGACCUUAGCAAUCGUCAGCAGGUCACUGAUGAACUAUUGGAAAAAAUUGCAUCAAGGAGUCAAAAUAUAACUGAAAUCAAUAUUUCUGAUUGUCGAAGUAUGUCUGAUACUGGAGUGUGUGUUCUAGCAUUUAAGUGUCCUGGACUACUUAGGUAUACAGCCUACAGGUGCAAACAACUUUCUGACACCUCUAUCAUUGCAGUUGCUUCUCAUUGUCCUUUACUUCAGAAAGUACAUGUAGGCAACCAGGACAAAUUAACUGAUGAAGGACUCAAGCAGCUGGGUUCAAAGUGCAAACAUCUGAAAGAUAUUCAUUUUGGCCAGUGUUACAAGAUCUCAGAUGAAGGAAUGAUUGUUAUAGCUAAGGGCUGUCUGAAGUUGCAGAAAAUAUACAUGCAGGAAAACAAAUUUGUGACAGAUCAGUCAGUAAAGGCAUUUGCUGAACACUGUCCUGAACUACAGUAUGUUGGUUUUAUGGGCUGUUCCGUUACUUCAAAAGGGGUUAUUCAUCUAACAAAGUUAAGAAACCUUUCCAGUUUGGAUUUACGUCACAUCACUGAACUGGAUAAUGAAACUGUGAUGGAAAUAGUCAAGAGGUGCAAAAAUCUUAGCUCCCUCAAUCUCUGCCUGAACUGGAUCAUUAAUGACAGGUGUGUGGAGGUCAUUGCAAAAGAAGGACAAAACCUGAAAGAAUUGUAUUUGGUGUCUUGUAAGAUCACUGACUAUGCACUGAUAGCCAUUGGACGAUACAGCAUGACAAUAGAGACUGUAGAUGUUGGAUGGUGUAAAGAAAUUACAGAUCAAGGAGCCACCCUGAUUGCACAGAGCAGCAAGUCUCUCAGAUAUUUAGGGCUGAUGCGAUGUGAUAAGGUGAAUGAAGUAACUGUGGAACAGCUUGUGCACCAGUAUCCACACAUAACUUUCAGUACUGUCCUGCAAGACUGCAAGAGGACCCUGGAACGUGCUUAUCAGAUGGGCUGGACACCCAAUAUGUCUAAUGCCUCUUAACACUCCCUUUAGUAUUUUAAGUCAACUCUCUGAUAUAUUCAGCAGGUGUAAUGGGAAUUACAGAUUUGGGGUAUAUGAUAUGAUCUCUUGGGAAUGUUUUAACUUCCAUCUUUCUUGGGUGUCUACAUGAGUAUGUAUGUGUGUGCAUGAGUGAGUGUGUAUUUUCCAUGUGGAUUCUAUAGAAAGUAAGAACAGAUGUUAGCUGUUACCAGAUGAGUCUCUUAUUUUUUAUUUUUCAAAAUUAAGGAUUUUUAAAACCAUGGAUAUUCUUAGGUUUGGGGCCCUUUUCUGGAAAAAAAAAAAAAAAAAAGAAAGAAAGAAAGAAAAUAGAAUGGCCAGAUUGGUUUUAUUAUUCUGAGUAUUAAAUUCCUACUAUCUUUAAAAUGUUCAGAUUUCCCAAAGGAGUGGCCACUUUCUUUAACUGAUGAAUAUAAUUGUUGACUUUAACAAGCCAUAGUAAAAUAGAAGUGAUCUUACACUGAUUAUGAACCCUAGAAACCAGUAUUUAAAAAAAAAAAAAAAAAAACCUUGUGCCAGAAUUUUUCUAUUGGCAGAUGUCAUUUGUUGGCAUUUGGGUACUGUUUCAGGCCACUAGGGAAUCAUUUAGUGCACCAUCAUAGUGUCCAACUAAGUGUAUCCAAGAGCAUCAUCUAAAUUACCACCGUCAAGUGACAUGGGCACUAGAGAGUAAAGUCCUUGUAAAAUUGUUAUAAGCAAAAAGCAAUCUAAAUUCUCUGGGCCAACUCGGCAAAUUAUUCAUUAUUCUACAAGUGGUUUGAGUUAUCUAGAGUACUAAAGCUUUUCAUAGGGUUUAAGUUAAUAUUUGUGUUAGCUGUGGUUUCACUGCAAGCACCAAUUUAAGAGCAGAUUGUAUUUUGACUAAAAUUGAGACUAAUCUCCAUAUUAUGUACAGUGAAGCCACCAUUUUAAUUAAGGAUGUGCUGUUAUGGCAGAAUCUAUAGAUCAUUUAAUUGUUUUCUUAAUUUUAAUAAUUAUGAAAAUCCUUUUCUAUGAUUUUAAUAGGAAUGUUAAUGAACGAUAACUAAUUAAUAUUUAAAUAGACAGUCUUGGUUGAUUUUUGUUUCUUUUUCUUUUGGAUUUAGAAAUGCUGAUAUGUAGGAAGGAUUUGUUUUUGCAUGUUCUUGUUUUUUGAGUGGUAGAUAUGUCACAGGUAAAGAAUGAAUGUUGGCUAACAAUUAGAAAAUUUAUUAAUUAUACUUCUGUUUACACUUUUGUUGUCAAUAUUAAUCAUUUAUUUGUUUUAAAAAAGAUGUCCAACUGUCAGUAAAAUGCUUAUCAGUAAAUGAAAAUGUUUUUAAAUUUCCAUGUCCCAUAUUUGAUAACAGUAACCCAAGUUCAGUCAAUUCUUUCCUGUGUUGACAUAUGUAACCAAGCAUAGGAUCUGCUUAACAUAAAGUAUACUAUCCUUCAGAGUAGAGCUAGAAACAGAACUCUGUUUCAUAAGUUUGCUAUUUAUUCUUCCAUGCUAUGGCCAUUAGCCACUAUUCUGUCUUUAACAGAUAUAUUAAAUGAGUUUUCCAUUUCCACAGGUACCUUAUUUUUUCCCAGAGUUGUAGAUGAUAGUAGCUUUGGGAAGUAAGCAUGGUGUUAAAUAUGUAUAUCAUUCAUUUAUUUAAAAUUACAUUUUUUAAACAACUGUCUCCUCUGAUUAUGUUAUCAUGUCAAUGUUGCCUGUUUUUAAAAAAUCCAAAUCAUAUUUAAAAAAAAAAUCUAGUCAGUAAGCAACAGAAGUGUUUUCCAUAACUAUGCAGGAGAUUGCUAACUUUCUCUGGAAGGACAUUAUUACUCUGGAAGAAAGGGGCUGUUUAUAAUCAACAAACUAUAUUUCUUACACCUUGUACUAUAUGAUUUUCAUACUCAUUUCCCAACUACUGAAGAAUACCUUAGUUGGCAAUAUUUUAACUGGUUUUUAAUCUAAAACUGAUUUAUAAGACAAUAUGUGUAGUCAUAGCUUGAAUGAAUAAGCAAAAAUUUAAUUUUCUAUAUAUGUCUGAAUAUAUUUUAAAUAGUUAAAAAUGACAAAAGAAGUGACAGCCAUCAAAAAUAGAAAUGUCAUGGCUUCCAGUGGAAGUUAUAACCUCCAGAGUGUUGCUGUUCAGUUACUGAGAUGUGUACUUGAGUUUUUCCCCCUUAAAUUUUGCAUUGUUUAAAACUAAAAUACAGUGCUCUAAAAUACUCAAACUUUACUAAAGGGGUUGCAUUUAUUCUUUGAGACACAGGCAAAUCUCAAUUUCGUACAUUCAGAGAAAGCUCACAUCUACCCCCAAAUUAUUCACUGCAGAGGACAACCAAAACCUCAUCUACUGCAAGGACUCCAGGCACUGUUGUUCAGUGUGUCCUUAUAAAUUAAGAUGCUUCAAAUGAGGUUUGCAACAGUUCUGGAAAAUGUAGCAUUUUUGCUUGGAAUGUCACAAAUAUAUGAAGACAAAUUGAACGCUGGGAUUUUUAUCUUCUACAAAGUGUCUACAGCCCUUUCAGAAUAAAGACAAUGAAUGAUAUUGCUGAAAUGGAGAAACUUGGUCCUUUGUCCUGAAUGCCCCUUUAUGAGUGCAACAAAAAAUUUCAGCCUUUGUAGGUUUCUAUUUUUCCGUGAAACUUUUGACCUUGCAAUGGGUUGAAAUAAAAAAGAAGUAAAACACA